AUGCAACUAUUAUCAUAUUCCAUACUUCUUAUUGUAAUUGUAUGUACUUUUUCAUUAGUACAAUCAAAAAAACCAGUUGAUGAACAACAUUGCGAAGUUUGUAUAAAAACUAUCAGUACAUUUGCUGAUAGUUUAAAUGAACAAGAAAAAUCAAGUGUAGAAAAAAUCGAAAAAACAUUUAAAAAAUAUUGUAGUAAAGUUAAAGUUGAUUCAAAAGAACAUCGAUUGUGUUAUUAUAUUGGAGCAUUAGAAACAUCAGCUACAUAUGCUAUUGGUGAUCUAUCUAAACCACUUUCAUGGGGUAUACCAGUAGAAAAAAUUUGUCGUGAAAGACUUUCAAAAACAAAUCCACAAAUAUGUGAUUUAAAAUAUGAAAAACAAAUUGAUGUUAAUGCUGUAGAUUUAAAUAAACUUAAAGUCAAAGAUUUAAAAAAGAUUUUAACAGAUUGGGGUGAAGCUGCUGAUUUUAUUGAAAAAUCAGAAUUCAUCAAACGUAUUAAUGAAGUCAAAGAUAAAUAUGUCAAAUCAACAACAGAUAAAAAUAAUAAAGACUUGUGA